AUGCUGCAGAGCGUGCUCAGGACCGCCCGCCGCGGCGCCGCGCUGGAAUUCUUCCGCCGCUCGUUCGCCUCGUCCGGCUCCAGGUUCGCGAACGAGGUGAUCGGCAUCGACCUCGGCACGACCAACUCGUGCGUCGCGGUGAUGGAGGGCAAGAACGCCAAGGUGAUCGAGAACGCCGAGGGCGCGCGCACCACCCCGUCCAUGGUUGCCUUCACGGACAAGGGCGAGCGGCUGGUGGGCCAGCCCGCGAAGAGGCAGGCGGUGACCAACCCCACGAACACCCUCUACGCGUGCAAGCGCCUCAUCGGCAGGAGGUUCGACGACCCGCACACCAAGAAGGAGGCGCAGAUGGUCCCGUACAAGAUCGUCCCCGCGUCCAACGGCGACGCGUGGGUAGAGGCUGGCGGCAAGCAGUACUCCCCGUCGCAGGUUGGCGCGUUUGUCCUCCAGAAGAUGAAGGAGACGGCCGAGUCUUACCUGGGCCACGGCAUCACCCAGGCCGUCGUCACCGUGCCCGCGUACUUCAACGACGCGCAGAGGCAGGCGACCAAGGACGCGGGUAAGAUUGCGGGCCUCGACGUCCUGCGCAUCAUCAACGAGCCCACCGCCGCCGCGCUGUCCUACGGCGUGGACCAGAAGGAGGGCCUCGUCGCGGUGUACGACCUGGGCGGCGGCACGUUCGACGUGUCCAUCCUCGAGAUCUCCGGCGGCGUGUUCGAGGUCAAGGCGACGAACGGCGACACCUUCCUGGGCGGCGAGGAUUUCGACACUGCGCUCCUGGACUCGUUUGUUCAGACGUUCAAGAAGGAGUCCGGCAUAGACCUCACCGGCGAUAAGCUCGCGGUGCAGCGCCUGAGGGAGGCUGCGGAGAAGGCCAAGAUCGAGCUCUCCUCCGCGCAGUCCACCGACAUCAACCUCCCCUUCAUCACGGCCGACGCCACCGGCCCCAAGCACAUGGCCAUGUCCCUCUCCAGGGCGCAGCUCGAGAAGCUCGUGGGUCCCCUGCUCGAGCGAACCAAGGACCCGUGCAGGAACUGCCUCAAGGAUGCGGGCGUGACCGCGUCCGAGAUUAACGAGGUUCUUCUCGUCGGAGGCAUGUCCCGCAUGCCCAAGGUGACCGAGAUCGUCAAGGACCUGUUCCAGCGGUCGCCCAACAAGGGUGUCAACCCCGACGAGGUUGUCGCGAUGGGCGCCGCCAUCCAGGGCGGCGUCCUCCGCGGCGACGUCAAGGACAUCCUCCUCCUGGACGUGACCCCGCUCUCGUUGGGCAUCGAGACCCUCGGAGGCGUGUUCACCCGCCUCAUCAACCGCAACACCACCAUCCCCACCAAGAAGUCCCAGACCUUCUCCACCGCCGCCGAUAACCAGACGCAGGUUGGCAUCAAGGUUCUCCAGGGCGAGCGCGAGAUGGCGGCGGACAACAAGAUGCUCGGCAACUUCGACCUCAUGGGCAUUCCCCCCGCGCCCCGCGGCGUGCCCCAGAUCGAGGUCACCUUCGACAUCGACGCCAACGGCAUCGUGAACGUCUCAGCCAAGGACAAGGCCACCGGCAAGGAGCAGCAGAUCACCAUCCAGAGCUCGGGCGGUCUCUCCGACGCGCAGGUUGAGCAGAUGGUCCGCGAGGCUGAGGCCCACGCCGACGCCGACAAGAACCGCAAGGAGCUCAUCGAGGCCAAGAACGAGGCGGACACCCUCCUCUACAGCGCCGAUAAGAACAUCUCCGAGCACCAGGCUAACCUCCCCGCGGAGGUUGUCGACGCCAUCAAGGCGGCGCAGGUGGAUCUCAGGACCGCGGUCGAGUCGGAGAACCUGGAGCAGGUGAGGGAGAAGAUCAACGGGCUCCAGCAGGCGGUGAUGAAGAUCGGCGAGGCGCUCAACAAGGGCGCCGGCGCCGGUGCCGGUGCCGAGGAGCCCAAGGCUGACGAUGCGGGCGAGGAGGGCGAGAAGAAGGAGGAAACUCCUAAGCAGUGAGCGCUCGGACGUUGCCACCCGGCGGGGGGCGGACGCCCGCCUCGAAACACCGCCGUUCACAUUGCGAUUUUAAUACAGAUUCAACCUACAUUAUUG